AUGUCGACCAGAACAGUGGCCAUAGACGGGCUAUGGCUCUGCUUUCGACCUUCGCUAGGCCGUUGGCUGUCUGAGUCACCGAGACAGCGUUUUCCGGCUGACAAUGCUGCUCCGUCGCCGCGCAGAACUUUCCACAGCUCCCCUAGAUGCGCAUUUUCCACGACAUUCAACCUGCGGAGUGUUGCUGAACCGGCCAAUUCCUCCUCAUCAGGAGAAUAUACCGGAGAAGCCAGCCAGGGCCAAAAACAUGUUAGCUCCAAGUUGAAUUCAGCGACCACCCUUCAUAGAUCACUCCGGCCAAGAGAACAGAAGACAGUCCGGAAGCUCCUGCGGCAGAGCAAAAUACCGUCGGACCUUAGCCAAAAGACAGAAGCCAACUUGGAAAAUAUAUUGCAGAAUGCGGUUGAUAAACUACCUAAUCAUAAUGCUGCCUUGGAGGUUGUUACGGAACUUGUACGGAGGAGACAUGUUCGCCCGCAGACCCGCCACUAUCGCGCCAUGAUACUUGCAAAUACUCAGUGCAUCAGAGGGUCAGCUAAACAGGUAGAGGCGCUGUUAAAUGACAUGCAGGAGAAUGGAAUAGUGGUGGAUUCGGGAACUUUGCAUGCUGCGUUAAAGGCACUAGCGAUACACCCUGAUUACCUGCUUCGUUCCGAAAUCAUACAUAAACUUCGAGAGAGAUGGUUAUCACUUAGCCCAACAGGCUGGCAUAAUAUCGUUGCGGGAUAUAUUCGAGAAGGACAGUUUGAAAUGGCGCUGGAGACUUUGGAGCAUAUGAAGCUGCAGCAUGUGCCUGUUCAGGGAUGGCUUCACUCGCUUCUUAUCUACAACCUUGCGGAAUACGGGGAAUUCGACGAGAUACUACACCUACUACGAUCCAGGGUUGAAGCUGGGUUGGUUCUGUCACCGAAUUUAUGGCACCGUUUACUGGAUAUCUCGAGUGCUGCAAUGCAUCCGGAAUUAACCCAAUAUAUUUGGGAACAACAGGUUGAGCUGGGCCAUUUGAAUCCGCCGUACGGUAUCUGUGACAAUGUGCUCGCUAUCAGCGCACGAACGGGCAACUCUAGGCUGGCAGCCUCCGUAUUUAAAGUACUUGGAAACCGCAAUGGUGUUCUGACCUUGAACGAUUACGAGUCUCUUGUCGACACCUACGUCGAGGCUAAUGAUAUUGAAUCGGCAAUUCGCAUUCUUUGCAGCAUGGAUAGCAGCAGUAUCGGCGUCAAGACCGGUUCUACACGGUCUCUCCUGUCCCAUCUCAUAAUGGCCAAAUCGAAGCCGACAGAGAUCUGGAACACAUUCAAGCGUCUAAAAAAAGAAGAAGAUCUAGUAUUUCCCUUGCCCCUUCUUAAUGUUGCGCUAGAACUGUGUGCACAUCUUGGUAAGGCAAAGACUGCAUGGGACUUAUACCGGGAGCUUCAUACACUGUGUUCCUCUGCUGUGGAGACGUCAACCUUCAACAUCCUGUUCAAGGCAUGUCGCGGGUCCAACGAUGCUGAUCUAGCCGGCUACUUCGUGCAGGAAAUGAUCCAGAUGAAGAUACUCCCUGACCGGAAAACUUAUGAAAACCUAGUCCUGCUUUGUGUUGAGCUCUCUCGUUUUGAAACGGCACAUAAAUAUCUCCUUGAGAUGUCUGGCUCUGGAUUCGAGUUGUCAAGACCAGCAAAGGAGGAUAUCCGUGCCAAAUGUGACGGACAGGAGGAUCCACAUGCCUUCAAACUUAUACAUGACUCUGCUGUCCGCAAGCCAGCCUCCCGAGGCAUUAUCAGACCCCAUCGGGUACGGCGGUCAUUCUCUAUCCCGUCUGCAGGAAAAGGGAUAUUGGAAAUAAGGGAUGGAACAGAUCAAUAG